AAUAAAUGUUACAUUUAACAUUUAAAAAUGAGAAAAAUUUCGAUAGACAACUCUUUUAUUUAAAGUUACAUGUAGGAAAUGAUUAUUGGUAAUUAUGUUCACAUCAAUUCGUAGCUCGUUUAACACCCUUUAUGCAAUGACUUAUUCAUCAUUCCCCCCACAGAGAUCCAGUGCAUAGUUAGUGCGUAAUAUAUUGUUAAUGAAUGUGAUUGCGAAUUCUAGUCAUUGUUGGUUGAUAUUCACAUAAAGCAGUUCAAAUUUGUAGUACGAUAAUAAUUUUUAUAUUAUACAUACAUAUAAGAGUUUCGCGGGCAAAUGGCGGAUCAAUAUUUCACCCCCACGCGGAUAUAAGCGGCAUUCCCGAUCACACAAGAUUUACACGAAGUAAUUUUCAGUUUUGUGAGUGAAAAAAUAUACCCUCAGUUUUUCUUUUUUUUUUCUCUCUUAACAAUUACUUCAUUAUUUUGUUGUACCGUGAAGUCAACCAAUACAUAUCUUCUAUAUGACCCAUGAAAGAACGGUUUGAAAAGGGAGAACCGUACGGCAAAUUGUAGAGAGAAUGAUGCAAAAAGUGGUAAUGGGCAAUUGUAACUUCUAAACUUUAUUCUGUAUUAAAUUUUGUGUAACACGCUUGAAAGCUUUGCUUAUUCAAACCAUUUAUUAUUUUUAUUUUACGCAGUUCGUAAGAGUAGCUUGUAGUCUAAAUGUCGUGUUUCGUACAAACACCCUUUGGCAGCGAAUUUAACAUUUAUUUCCUAUUGUACGCGCAAAAAGUGAAAGAGUAAAAUAUCUUUUUUAAAAAUCAAUUUUAUUAGGAAUGUGAAUUUUAAUCAAAAUAGAAAGUGUUACUAUACGAAAAAGUGAAAAAGGUAACACCACCCCUUCGGGAUUAAGCGAAAUAAAAAUUGGCAAACCGUUUCAACUUAUCGUUAGUAAUUGAAUUUUCUUCGUGGAUGUUUAAGUAUCUCGUUGCUUAAACUUAAUUUUCAGACAGUUAUGACGUGUCUGCGAAGAUGCCGGAAGAACAACGAUCAGCGUGUUUCCAUACAGUGGAAACGCUGAUAAUGAAUCUUUAUAAAAUUGAGCACCAUAUUUUAUAUUUAAUACAAACUAAAAAGUUGAAGAAAGUGUUUAAUACAGUAAUUUUUCUUUUUAUGCAGUUAAAUACUUCUAACUGAAUGUUAUUAAAUAAUAAAAACAUAAUGCUAUAUAUAUCAGGUGCUGAGCCAAAAUACUACCUCCGUUACAUGUACAAAGUUACAAAAUUGAUUGUACUAGAAGUAAAAUAAAAGAUAUUAACUAUACAUAUAAAUGUAUAUCCAUAUAUAUGAAUUUAAACUAUAAAUGGAGAAAUAUAUACUGAUUUAUAAAUAUUUGCAUGUAAAUGCAUAAUAGAAGAAAAGUUAAAUCAGGAGUUCUUCCUCGAUACAUGUUCGCAUGUUCAAUGACGAGUAUUACUUUUAAACAUCAUGACAAGAAAAAGUUUGAUAAGAAUAAUUUAUUGACAAAUGUGUAAAAAAGAAAAUAACAAUAGCUCAAAAGAAACAUCUAUUAAAUAAAUAAAAAUGAGUGUACCGUAUGAUGAAAACUUGGUAUGGAUAGUAGUAGUUGGAUUCAUAGUGGCGUUUAUUUUGGCAUUUGGUAUCGGAGCAAAUGACGUUGCGAAUAGUUUUGGAACGAGCGUUGGUGCAGGAGUACUUACAAUAUUUCAAGCAUGUAUUUUAGCAACUGUCUUUGAAAUUGCUGGAGCUGUACUCAUCGGCUAUAAGGUAUCCGAUACUAUGAGAAAAGGUAUACUAGACGUUACAUUAUACGAAGGCCAUGAAAAAGAAUUAAUGAUAGGAGCGUUGUCUAGUUUAGCCGGAUCUGGUAUCUGGCUUUUACUAGCAACCGCAUUGCGUUUACCUAUUUCUGGAACACAUUCCAUUGUUGGUGCUACUGUUGGAUUUUCACUUGUCUGUAAAGGUACUGCAGGGGUAAAAUGGAUAGCUCUUGCUAAUAUAGCAGCAUCUUGGUUUGCAAGUCCUGUACUUAGUGGAAUUGUAUCAGGUGCUAUAUUUUGGCUUCUAAGAAAAUCAAUACUACAGUCUAGUAAGCCUCUAGAACGAGGUCUUCAUAUUCUCCCAGUAGCAUAUGGUCUCACUGUUGCUAUAAAUGUUAUGUCAGUUGCACUCGAUGGACCUAAAUUAUUAAUGCUGGAUAAAUUGCCAUGGUGGGGUAGUUUAAUAGCUGCGUUAGCUCUUGGUUUAUUUUCAGCCAUCAUCGUUUAUUUAUUUGUUGUUCCAUGGCAAAGAAAGAGAAUAUUGAUUUCACUAAACAGCAACGAGAAAACAGCAACAACAACAAAGUUUGGUACCUGUGAUAAAAAAGAAACUACAGCAUUAUCUGUUAUUUCGGAAGUACCGUGUAGUAGUAAUAGUAGUAGCAACGGUAAUACAAAAGAAACAGCACCAAAAUUACGUGGUAAUAGCAGUGCAAGCCCUCUUUUAAUGGUAGCAGGAUCAGAUACCGAGGGUGUUCAAAACGAAACCGAAAGAAGAAUCGAAGAAGAGCCAGAAAUAUCUAAGCUGUUUGCCUUUCUCCAAGUAUUAACUGCAGCAUUUGGUAGUUUCGCACACGGUGGUAAUGACGUGAGUAAUGCAAUAGGACCACUUAUUGCACUUUGGGCUGUAUACGCAGAGGGAUCAGCUAGACAAGAGGCAGAAACUCCAAUGCUCAUACUACUUUAUGGUGGCUUAGGAAUAUCAACUGGUCUUUGGGUAUGGGGUCGUAGAGUUAUACAAACUGUAGGACAAGAUUUAGCACGUAUCACACCAACUACUGGAUUCACUAUAGAGGUAGGAGCAGCGGUAACAGUUUUGUUGGCAAGUAAGGCUGGUUUACCUGUGUCAACAACUCAUUGCAAAGUGGGAUCAGUCGUCUGUGUCGGAUGGGCUUCACGUGGCGGUGAGGGAGUUUCAUGGAAAUUAUUUCGUAAUAUUGCAUUCGCGUGGUUAAUUACUGUACCAGUGGCUGGCUGCUUGUCCGCAGGAUGUAUGGCUAUUUUCAAAGAAAUACUUAGUUUGUGAUUUCACUGUCAGGGCAACUAAACACAUUUUAGUGGAAACCCUCCAAUGCUACUAUUGUCAAUAAUUUAUGCAAAAAUAAAUGAUCAAAUGUAAUUUAAAAAAAAAAA